CUCUGCGCGCUCUGUGUCUCUCGCCUCGGACAAACUGCGGCGGAGCGCUGGAUCACCAAAAGUUUACCGAAUCGGUUUAGAGGUACCGGGAUUUUGAGUGGUUCGGUGUUUGUUUUAUCUCGGGUUUGGGGUGUUGUGGUGUUUUGUUUGGUGUUUUUUGUUGUUGCAGUUAAGCCAUGGAGACUCUCGCAGGUCUCCUCGCGCUGCUGUGCGUCUUCCUUGCUGGAGCGCAACCGCAGAUCGAUAAAAACAGGUUGGCUGAUUGUCCGGUUGACCUUUUCUUCGUGCUGGAUACAUCUGAGAGUGUUGCCCUCAGACAGAAACCUCCCAACUUUUAUAUUGACCAGAUCGUAACUUUCACCAAUAACUUCAUAGAUGAACUCAAGGAAAUGCGCCACCGAUGCGACCGCAUCCUGACGUGGAACUCGGGAGCUCUGCACUACAGUGACGACGUCAAACUCAUCCGCGAGCUGAGUGACAUGAGGACCAAUCGCGAGGCCCUGAAGGCUGACAUCAAGGCCAUCGACUACAUCGGCAAGGGCACAUACACCGACUGUGCCAUCAAGAGGGGCCUUGCUGAGCUGCUCAUUGGGGGCUCUCACUACCAUGAGAACAAGUACAUCGUGGUAGUGACUGAUGGUCAUCCUAUUACCGGUUACAAAGAGCCGUGUGGAGGCGUGCAGGAGGCUGCUAACGAAGCCAAGCAAUUUGGAGUCAAAGUGUUCGCUGUCGCCAUCUCACCUGACCAGGAGGACACCAGGCUGACACUCAUCGCCACAGACCCGCGCUACAGACAGAACUUCACUGCUGCAGACGACACCAGAACCAGCAAGAUGGGAACCAUUCGAACCAUCAUUGAUAUGAUCACAAACGAGACAAAGGAUGUGUGUUGCUCUUUCGAGUGCGUCGCUGCAGGAGGGCCUAAAGGAGGACCGGGAGACGUCGGCGCUAAGGGAGAAACAGGUAGACCAGGGAUGCCAGGAGAGAAAGGAGAUGUUGGUGACAUGGGCAACCCUGGAGAUCCUGGUCCUGUUGGUUACAGUGGAAUGAAGGGAGACCGUGGUGGCAAAGGAGGAAAGGGUGAUAGAGGACACAAAGGCUACAAGGGAGACAAAGGUCAAAGGGGAAACGAUGGCAUUGAUGGACGCAAGGGUGAAGAUGGUUUCGCUGGUCUUCCCGGCUGUAAAGGAUCUCCCGGGUCAGACGGCCUGCAGGGAGAGUCUGGACCAAAGGGAGACCCUGGUCCUUAUGGACUGAAAGGAGGAAAAGGAGAUCCUGGAAGAGAUGGUGAACCAGGAAGGCCUGGAAACUAUGGCCCACUGGGACCUCAGGGGGAUCCGGGCCCUCCCGGAAGCAACGGGGACAAAGGAGAGCGCGGCGAUGACGGCCCGUCGGGACCGGAUGGGAGUCGCGGCGAGAGAGGACAAAUUGGAGAAAAGGGUGAGCAAGGUUCCCGUGGAAACAGAGGUCCAAGAGGAGACUUGGGGGAGCCAGGGCCCCGUGGAGACCAGGGGAGGGAGGGCUCAGCUGGCCCCAACGGAGAACCUGGCGAGCCUGGCAAGGCCGGUUCGGCUGGCUACAGAGGAGAUGAAGGCCCACCUGGACCAGAAGGACCCAAAGGGCCGAGAGGAAUCAAAGGAGCUCCGGGAGACAGAGGCACGAUGGGGGAGAGGGGAGAAGAUGGUGUGCAAGGAAAUGGAACCGCCGGUUGUCCUGGUUUCCAGGGUUAUCCUGGGUCCCGUGGAGAAACUGGUGAGCCGGGUAGCAAGGGAACCCCUGGACCCAAAGGAGAUGACGGAGACGCCGGAGAUCCAGGCAACGAUAACAACCAACCAGGACCUCCAGGAUCUAAAGGGGCCAAAGGUCACAGAGGUCCGGAAGGCAAUCCGGGACCUCUUGGGCUUCCCGGACCACCAGGAACUGAUGAAUGUGAAAUUCUGGAUAUCAUCAUGAAGCUCUGCUCUUGUUGUGAGUGUAAGUGUGCAGCUUUGGACCUGGCGUUCAUUGUGGACAGCUCAGAGAGUAUCGGUUUAACAAACUUUGGUCUCGCCAAAGAGUUUAUCGUCACAGUCAUAGACAGACUGAUCAAAGACCAGCAACUCAAGUUUGCAGCUAAUGAGUCCGGGUUGAGUGUUGUCCAGUACAGUGGAUCGAAGGCCCAAGAAAUUAUCCGACUGGAAUCUGAUAACAUCAUCAAAUUCAAACAGGAUGUGAGAGAUAUGAAAUGGCUGGCUGAGGCCACAUACACAGGCGAGGCCCUUGAUUACGCUCUGAGUGAGACAAUCCAACGGAUGAGGCAUGAAAACAAAAUCGUAAUCGUUCUAACAGACGGACGUUCUGAUAUUUCCAGGGACAAAGUUCCCCUCAACGUACUCUGUGGUAAAAAUCUCAUGGUGGGUGGUUUAGGAGUGAAGGACUAUUCAGGACGGGUACCUAACCAAGAGCAGCUUGGGGAAUUGGUGUGUAAGAGUGACACCAAACCAGGCUUUUCCUUUGUCCUGGACAACUUUGCCGAGCUGCUAGAUGACUCUUUUCUGCAGAACAUCACAGCCAGAAUCUGUCAAGAUAAGAAGUGCCCAGACUACAAAUGUCCCAUCUCUUUCUCUGAGAGUGCCGAUAUUUUGGUGAUGAUGGACAGCUCAGCAAGUGUGGGCCAGAAGAACUUCGAAAUUAGCAAGAACUUUGUCAGCAGCUUGGCCGGGCGUUUCCUGACUGCCGAGAGGAAGAGGGGGGUCAACGUCAGAAUGGGUGUGGGCCAGUACAGCCGAAGCGCCAGCAUGGAGCAGGUGCCAACUAACAAUUUGACCGUGCUGAUCCAGCAAACUGAACAGGCGGCCUUCCAAAAUGACGGCACCAACGUGUUAGAGGCCAUGGACUUUGCCAUGAAGAAUUUACGUGGUCGUGGGGGCAGGAAGAAGCUGGUGCUGUUCUCUGACGGCAGGUCUCAGGCCGUCACCGAGCCCUUACUGGAGAAGCGUGUUCGUGAGGUGGCGGAUGCCGGUGUGGAGGUCUUUGUCAUUGCUGUUGGCAGCCAAGUCAACGAGGUCAACCUGCGCACGCUGUCGAGCAAGGCGCGGCGGGACGACAUCGGCUACGCCCAGCGCCACCUGUUCCGUGUCCCAGACUACGCCUCUCUGCUUCGCGGGGUCUUCCACCAAACAGUCUCCCGCCGGGUGUCCAUCCCCUAAGUGCAUGGCCCCGAACAACAGGACCAACACGCUAUAGAUUCUUAGUCCCAUUAUGAAUAUUCAUUCUCACUCAUUUACCACACACUGUGUUCGAGUACUUUAACAAAACAAUAAACAAAAAAAAAAGAAUCGUCACUAAAUGAAAAACGAUUGUGCGGCAGUCAAAUGUAAAUGUUUUCAUGAAGUUUACCUGGAACUUUUUUACCCUGGGUUGAGCUUCCAAGGCAGAAUAUCUCAGGCUGUGUACAAUUUCUAGCUUCUGUGCUGAGAUCAUUGGACUAUAACCCAAAUGAUGGUGCUAGCCUGAACAAUUUUAGUGCUCGUUGUGACAGUACACAACUGGAAGAAAUCGCUGCCUGGAAGGUCUUUUCGGGGUUAAAAAUGUCCCACGUCAAAAAAGGUUGCUUUGUCCCUGGAGAACCAUAGUAAAGGCCACAACUAAACUAAAUGUAUAGCUUUUAAAUGCAUUAGGCUGAUUUUUACUCAGGUACACUGCAUCCCUGUAUCAUUUUCAGCUAGUCUGGACCUGCCUCUGGCUUACUUAAACUAACUAGUGUGGGCUGAAAAUGGAUCAUCAAGGCUACACUCUACUGUCUCUCCAGGACUUGGAGCUCCUGCUAUUUGAAGGUUUUGUGUUAAGGGUUUAAUGUAGACUCUUUUUUGUGGCUCUUACCACUUUUUUUUCAAGAGGUGUCAGAUUUGUGUUGUCACAAUUUUACAACGUAGGCGAACCAGCUGUGGUUUGAAAUUGACAAAUGAUUUGGUGAGCGCUCUUUUCUACCUAAAUAAUGGUUAACCUGGAAGGCUGGCGCAUGAAUGGCUAGUCAACUUUGUUUUAGGUUUGGAAAGGUCAGUCGGAAAAAGCCAUAACUAAUUCCCAUCUUGGUGAAAAGUCACACCCGACACAUCAGGCACGCUUCCAAACAAUCAUUCCCCUGGUACUUAUGAUGACACCACAGCUGGACUCAACAUGUGUGAUUCUAGCCAAGUGUGUGUAUCUGUAUGUGUGUGAGCACCUCUGUAUGUACAUCAAUUACAAGUAUACAUGUGUGGUGGAGUUUUUUUAUGCAUAGCCUGGGGUGAUUGUUCUAUAAACAGUUGUGCUGGGGUCACUAGUUCAACUGACAGAAUGACAGAAACCUGGUCUUUGUUUUCUGUGAAGCAGAGAGGCCUCUGUCUCUCACACACACACACACACACACACACAGACACACACACACACACUUUGGUGCCCCAUCAUGUCAUGGUUGACUGCUGGAAAAAAAAGCUAUGGGAUUCAUGCUGUGAGGCCCUCACACCAACAUACACACAGAAAACAGUGUGUAACUUUCAUGAGCCCCUCAACUGUUUAACACUUUCAGUUUUGUUGUCAUCAGUGGCCCAUAGUCACUGUACUGUUAUCUGUGGUGCUAUUAGUCUCUGUAUCAGUCUUUACCCAUGUUUUUAAAGAAGAUAUGUUUACCUGAGGGUACAAAACCUCAGUAGUGUUGUGAGAGCUCCUUCAAUAAAGGUUCCUACACCAAA